AUGGCGACCGGCCACUGCGACACCCUUACGCUCGAGGUCAUGUCGUGCUUUUUGCCGGGACGAGCAGACCCACCGGUGGUCCGGGUCGGGGCGGAGAAUAUCACAGUCAACGAAACGCAGGAUUUUCUGCUCAAGUGCGACUACGAGGCAAAUCCGGCCUCGCUCGAAAGUGUCAAGUGGUUCCGCAACGAUCAGGAGAUCAAACUGGACAGCGCCCGGCACGACGGGGGUAAUCCGGAGAAUAUCGGGCUCAUCAUCAAGAACUCGACCCGGGGCGACAUCGGAGCGUACAAGUGCGAGCUGGCGAACUCCAUCGGGAAGGACCUGUCCGACAACGAUAUCAAUGUCGAUGUGUUGUACAAACCAACGGUGGUGCUCAAUAUGGACCCGGAAACACCGGUGAUUGAAAACGACCAAGCCAACAUCACCCUGCUGUGCAACAUUGUAGACGGCAAUCCACUGCUGCUGACCAAGGUGCGUUGGUUUUUGGAUGGUGAGUUCCUGAAAGAGCUGCCAGAGUGCGACGAUAAUGGCGAUGGAAACAGCUUGGGCGACGAAAACCUAUGUGAGGUGGACCCGACUAAGAUGUUGCUGCAAAACGUCGGGCGGGAAUUCAUCGGCAACUAUUCCUGCCAAGGUUUCAACCUUGGUGGGUGGGACAUCAGCGAGGAGAACUCGUUGGACAUCUUCUACGAGCGAAAUGCAACAAUAACGCAUUUUCCCUAUAUUGGAAUAAAGAGACGAAGCGUUACAUUCAACUGCUCGGUGGAAGACCGUGGCAAUCCACAUGCUACCCGUUUCCGCUGGCUGCGGGGAGAUAAGCCAGCCAAGGACGUGGUAACCCCAUCGUGGACUGUGGAUCCGGUGGGGUUGGACUCGAGAACGACGUUCACAUGCUUCGCUUACAAUGAAGGUGGCGCAGGAAACGCUGCAGUGGUGCACUUGGAAGUGCAUGCUCCACCGGCUUUUGUACAAAAGCUGCAUCCGUACACCGGAGCUCUGUAUUCGACUUCGAAUAUUUCGCUGGCUUGCCGGGUGGAAUGCGUUCCGGCGUGCUCCAUUUCCUGGUUCAAGGAAGGCGUUGGGAUUGAGAACUCGGACGAACGGUAUUACAUCACAAGCACGUAUCUGCCUGCCGAACCGGCGACCGGAGAUUAGAGUGCAUACUCGGUGUUGCAUUUCAACAUGUCUGCCUGGCCGGACGGCAUGUUAGAUCGUAUCCGUGAUAGCUCCCACUAUUCGUGUGUCUCAUCAAACAACUCAGCAGGCCCUGGCGUUCGCAGUACGACAUAUUUCGGCGUGGAAUAUCCUCCGGAGAACACAUCCCUUUCGAGCCCUUCCAUUUCGGUGGAGGAGGGCAAAAUUCCCCCGCGAAUUGUGUGCUCGUCCCGGGCCUACCCAGAGCCAGAGUUCAGUUGGUGGCGGAAUGCGGUCAAUAUUGUGAAUGGUAGCUCGCUGAUCGUAAACACCGUGAUGGAGAGGUCCGACGCUGGCGUUUACACGUGUGUAGCGUCCAACAAACACGGCAACCACUCGACCGAUGCCGUCAUCGACAUACACUACAAACCUACUUGCACCAUCACCCGAAAGGAGGUCAACGACGAGGACAUUCUGAUCUGUACCGCAAUCGGCAGCCCCAAGGAGUCCGAGUUUGACUGGAGCCUCAAGUACGAGAACGACACCCUUCAGAACCACCAGACGAGAGGCGACGCCUACGAGAGUAUCCUGGUGCUGGAAAGCGACGUGUCCGCGAUGCGGACGUACGUCUGCGUGGCCACCAAUGGCGUCGGGAUGGGAAAGCCCUGCGAAAUCGAAGUUGCAGGAUACGUGGCAUGGUGGCUCAAGGGAGAUAUUCUGACGCCGUACAUUCUGAUUGCAGCCGUUGCUGCAUUGCUGCUCGCGGUAAUAUUGAUAUGCGUCAUCAUCAUCUGCAUUUGCCGCCGAAAACGCAGGCAGGAUAAAUCGUCCAUACAAAUCGAGGAGAUCGAAGAUGGGGAAUUUUCCUUUAUGAAAAAUCAAAGGUCCCCACCCAAACCUGAGCCAGAUGCGUCGGAAAACAUCCAACAGUAUGAUAAAACUGUCCGAUGGCGAAUCCGCCGGUUCUUCGAAAAGCGAAACAGUAUUGAUCUGCUCAAACUGUCAACACAAAAUGUUAUUACUUAUGUUAAAAAGCCUCAAGUUACACCAACGCAAUCAGCAAACACAACAACAAUCACCACCAAAGAACCUCAGCAAACAAGCGGUGAUAGAAAUGAGAAUGUACCGCCAACUGGUACAGAUGUAGUAGUUACUGGCGGAUCGUCGACUGCUGGAGAAUCCCAAAUAGAACCCGGAGAAUAUGAGAACCUACCCUUCCAUGGUAUGCAGACUCCUCCUAAGAAGGCUAUGCUAGCAAAGAAUAGUCUCGCUCCGGCAGUGAAGUGUCCUAACAAGUCGCUAACACCCUCAUGUUUCCCAACUCAUCCGUACAACUACAUCAACUAUCAGCAACGAGACAGCAAUAGCAAACCAACCCCAAGCCUUUCAUCCUACAACACAAGCCAAUCGACUGUGCUAACUAACCAAAGCAAUAUGUCCUCGCUGUCCAACAGUCAGGACUCGUCAAGCAACACUAACAACUCCUAUCUCAGUAAGACCGUUGAUCGGAAGAAACCAAGCCAACACCAGCAGCUGCUGGACAACAGCGAUACUCUUUCGACCCACAGUUUCUCUUCGGGGAAAUCGCUCAAACGGCCGCCAGGUCCGGCUGGAACCUGUGGUGAAAACAAAAAGCUUAUCGACCUUGAAACGGUCACCCCGCUGUACGAGAACCUAACCGACUCGAUCCAGAUCCACGAAUCGCCGAUGAAGCGCCGGUGUGGCAUCGGAGCCAAAUUUGCAAUCGACGGCCAGGAGCGGUACAAAAUUAGUUUGCGAAAGCCGCGGAAAUCGAACAGUCGGUCGAACAGUGCCGUGUCCAACAGCUACUACGACUGCAUUAAACCCAUCCCGGCGCCACGACACCGGAAGUAUGCGUCCACCAAUUCGCUGCUUUCGAAGAAUAUCCAAAUGUACAGCAAUAAGCUCGAUCCGAUCUACAUGAACCUGCCGGUCAGCUCCGGCUACGAGACGGAUCCCCGAUCGAACGAUGAGUUCAACGGUGCCGAGUGCCCCACAUCAUAUGACAACCAAUACUUUGAGAUCACACAACACCAGACACGAAUCCUGAUACCGAAAGAGCUCUUCCCCGUAGAUAGAAGCAACCAAGUCAAGAUUAAUCAAUUACUGAAAAAGAACCUAGUUUCCUCGAAUCGACGUCACAUUAAACUGCCUUUACAAAAACAUCAUAGCUUUAAUUUCCAAUCCUCCCAAACCGUGGAAGCGACCGUGCGCGAUCUCAAGAUCAAGUCCCACUCGAUCAGUUCAAAAACCCUGCGAGACUAUCGAAACAGCAGCAAUAUCAGCAGCAGCGGCAACAACAACAACAACAACCACGUCAACAGCAGCAGCAGCAACAACAUCUGCGGCAGCGCCCACAGCAACAACAACAUCAUCAAUAGUAGCAAUUUUAUCAGUAGCAAUAGCAAUAGCAAGUUCCCCAUUAACAGUUCCACCAAUCCGUUCAUCAACAGUAGCAACACACUGGCAACCCUGACCAGCAGCAGUAGCAGUCGUCGAUCGCUCGCGGUGGCCCGUCAGCAUACCACCCUGGCGACGGCCACACUUGCCACGGUUCGACAGCACCCGACCAGCAGCCAAUCGCAGAGCGAGGACGAAAGCAGCAGCGAUCAGGAGCCGAUCAAACCGCCGCCACCACCCCCACUCUAUCAUCACCAGCAGAGCAAACCCAAGCACUUGCACCACAGUUCCCUUGUAGUAGGAGGCGGAGGAGUAGGCAAGAGCACAACGACGGCGGCAGCAGCGCCACUCAAAUCACAAGUCUACAAGUAUGAUACUAACUCGAUAGCCUUCAAACCUAUCACUCCUGUGCCAACGAGUACUCCAGCAAUAACUAACUCUAAAUCAACGGUUAAUAAUAUGUGUAAAGAUAAAUUUGCUAUUAAAUAAUAAAACUAAUUACAAAAAAACGGAGACGGAUAGAAAAGCAAGCAAAUUGAAGUAAGACGAAGCAACUGAAAUC